AUGGAAGUUACCAAGAGCUUAGAGUUCGAGAAGACGGAAGUUGAAGUCAAGAAGAAGCGAGGCUGGCGGUUCUAUGGCACAUUUGCAUGUUUGGCAAUUCUCAAUUUGAUCUGUGCUGUUGACGCAACAAUCUUGGCCGUUGCACUGCCGACUAUUGCAACGAGCCUGAAAGGUACCACGGCAAUCCAAGCCUUUUGGUGCGGCACAUCAUUUCUUCUCUGCUCAACAGUGUUUCAACCAACUUGGGCUUCAUUCUCGCACAUCAUCGGCAGAAAGUCAGUACUACUCACCGCACUGGUCUUGUUCUUCGUUGGAACUAUCAUCGCAUCCGUUGCAAGGAAUGUUGGAGAAUUGCUAGUUGGGAGGAGUGUGCAAGGUGUAGGUGGUGGCGGUCUCGUUGGCUUGACAUAUGUCAUCCUGGCAGACCUUGUUACACUGAGAGAGCGAGGGAAAUGGAUGUCGGUGAUCAGCUUGCAAUGGGCGAUAGGAAGUGUGCUUGGACCAGUCAUCGGAGGGACGUUCGCAGAGAAGACGACGUGGCGAUGGAUUUUCUGGAUCAACAUCCCAUUUUGUGUCAUUGCCGCCAUUGGCAUCCCCUUCUGUCUGCGCCUGCAGAAGAGAGAUGGAUCUGUCUGGGCACGACUGAAGACGUUUGAUUUCUUCGGAUCUUUUGUCUUCAUUGCUGCAACUACAAGCUUCCUCAUUCCACUUACUUGGGGUGGGGUUAUGUAUGACUGGAAUUCAUGGAGAACACUUGUACCACUCAUACUUGGCGUUCUAGGCAUCCUCGGCUUCGUCGUAUACUCUACAUACAUCUCUCCAGAACCACUCAUCCGUCGAAGUCUUUUCAAUACACCGACAGCCAUCACAGCAUAUGCCGGGACGUUGUUUCACGGAAUCAUUGUUUGGAGUCUGUUGUACUAUAUGCCAGUCUACUUUGAGGUCGCAAAGAACUACAGCCCAGUCAAGUCCGGGAUUGCAAUCUUCCCUUUUACCUUCACAGUUGCGCCGGCUGCGGUUGUUGUGGGCAUCAUAAUUGCCAAGACAGGAAGAUAUAGGCCAUCAGUUUGGAUUGGUUGGUUCCUCACAACAUUUGGCUUAGGCCUCCUGAUCUAUCUCAAACAAUCAACAAACGUCCCAUCAUGGAUCUUCCUCUCCCUCGUGUCUGGGACUGGAACCGGCAUCCUAUUCUCGGCUCAAGGCUUCGCCGCACAAGUUUCCUCCUCGAAUGCCGAUUUGCCGUUUGCCGGUGCAAUGUAUUCCUUUUUCAGAGCAUUUGGUCAAACCUUAGGUGUUGCCAUUUCUGGAGUCAUCUUCCAGAACACUUUCAAGAACAAAAUCCUGAACACCGCCUACUCGUCGUUCGCAGACGAAUGGUCACGUGAUGCAAGCUCCCUUGUCCAAGUCGUCAAGGCUUGGAGCACGGAGGGUGAGCAGGGUGUCAUGAGAGAAGUCGUUGUUCAAGCAUACGUUGAGAGUCUACAGAUGGUGUGGAUUAUCAUGUGCGCCAUUGCUGGAUUGAUGCUUAUUGCUAGUCUCGUGUUCAUAAAAGAGAUCAGUUUGGAGAGGGAGUUGGAGACCGAGCAGGGGUUUAGGUAUGACGUGAAGAAUAGUUCCAGUGAUGAGGAGCAAAGCUCUUGA